AGAGAGAGAGAGAGAGAGAGAGAGAGAGAGAAUGAGAGAGUACAGUCUGAUCAUAUGGAGCGACGGACAGCAAUUUUACUCAGAGUACAGACCGCUUUUGCGAAAUAUGGACACAAUGGACAUUUGAGAGACUAAAGCGGUUAUUUUCUAGAAGCUUCUUUGGAACUCACGUUCAAAUGAGCAGAAUAAGUUACAGCAACUUGCGCUGAUAACAUAAAUGAGAGUACAUGUCGCGAGCGAACCAGUGUUUAUAAAGAGCGAUUCUCAAUCGCACAUUUUCCGUUUCAAUGGGACGAAACGAGGAUGUAAAUGUUUAAAGUGCACAUGGAUUUUUCGGUGUUGCUUGUGAUUGUUUAUGGAGAGAGUGAUCUAGCAUCAAGCAACCAUGGUAGAACCUGUUGGUUUUGUGGAAGCAUGGAAAGCUCAGUUUCCUGACUCAGAUCCUCCUGAAAUGGCUUUGAACUCUGUUGGAAACAUUGAGCAAGAACUGGAGAAAUGCAGAAAAUCUAUCAGGAGACUGGAGAUGGAAGUAAAUAAAGAGCGCUUUCGUAUGAUCUACCUGCAAACGCUUCUGGCCAAGGAGAGAAGAAGCCACGAUUCUCAAAGAUGGGGCUUCAGUAAGGUCUCACAAAGUGAUGGGAACCAGCCAGCAUGCACAAACUCCCAUCAUCAGCUGCCUGGAAAAGCUGAAGGAAGCAGGUGUCAACCAGAUAAACCGAAGCACACAACAGCAGGUUGGUCCUCAGAGGAGAAUCGUGAGUCUCAGCUGUGUGUUGAGGUAGAGGGAGGGAAUAUCUCAGACCAGGACAGACAGAAAAACAGAGAUGGGGAAACAAAUGGGAUGUCUCCGUCCAAAAAAAGGAGCAUUGAAACGCCACAUUUGCCCAGUGCUGGCCUUGGUUCUGGACACCAUGAGGUGGAUGGGGUUCUUGAGUCUCCACAAAAGGAGAAAGCCAACAUGGGGUUGGGAGUUGCAGCUCUCAGGUCAAACUUUGAGCGUAUUAGGCGAGCCAAUUCUCAAACAUCAGGGGAGGGCAAAAGUGAGAGGCCUUACUAUGUGAAUAUGGAGUACCACCAUGAGAAAGGUCUUGUUAGAGUCAAUGAUAGAGAAGUCUCUGAAAAGAUAAGUAGUUUGGGCAGUCAAGCUAUGCAGAUGGAGCGCAAGAGGUCCUUACCCUCUUUACCGUGUAGCCUUUCCACUGCUUUUGGGGAUGUCCAUAAACCUGUGCAGUCUAAACACAAUGACAGAUCCGCAGAGGCCAGUUACAACUGUGAGGAUGAAGAUGCUGAUCAGAAUCCUCAGUUCCUCAAAGAAAGUUCUAUACGACUCAAUGGAGGGAAGGCUGAGUCUCAAAGAGCUCCUCAACAGAACUGGCAGCAGUCUGACUGUCAGCCCUAUACAACUGUUUAUGUGGGGGGCAUUAUGGGAGAUGGGGAGGAUUUGCAUCUAACGUGGCCCAGGCGUUCGUACUCGCCUGGGAGUUUUGAGGAUGGCUACAUGCCUGAUUGCAGCUCCAAUGAAAAUCUGACCUCCAGCGAAGAGGACUUUUCCUCAGGUCAGUCCAGCCACGUGUCCCCGAGCCCCACCGCCUACCGUAUGUACCGAGAGAAGAGUCGCUCUCCGUCCCAGCACUCUCAGCAGUCCUUUGAGAGCGGCAGUCCUCCUACACCUUACUCCCACAAACGUCUCAAGCAACAGCUAGCGCUCUCUGAGUGCCAUCUUGUUGGUGUCCGCAAGAUCUGGCCUGCUGAUGGAAGCUCCAACAACUUUAACAACAGUUUCCAUGGAGAUCUGGACAUCCCAUUUGGAGGAACCCCACCUCCAGUGUACACGUAUGAUGGUGACCGAGGGGAGGACCAGCGUGCGCAACCUGACACUGCAUCCUACACAGAUGACUCUCUCUCCUCCCCGCGCCUUCACCCGAAUGGUCGAAGCAUUAGAGAGACCCCCUCCUCAGAAUCCCUGGAGUCCACUAAAUCAACGGAGCUGGAUGUAGAGAAAGGUCUGGAGAUGAGGAAAUGGGUUCUAUCAGGGAUCCUGGCCAGUGAGGAAACAUAUCUUAGCCACUUGGAGGCGCUCUUACUGCCUAUGAAGCCACUGAAAGCUGCUGCCACCACCUCCCAGCCCAUGUUAACCCUGCAGCAAAUAGAGACCAUUUUCUUCAAAGUGCCUGAGCUCCACGAGAUCCACAAAGACUUUUUCGAUGGCCUGUUACCCAGAGUGCAACAGUGGAGCCAUCGUCAAUGUGUGGGCGACCUCUUCCAAAAACUGGCCAGCCAACUCGGAGUCUACAGGGCAUUUGUGGACAACUAUAAGGUUGCUGUGGAAACAGCUGAAAAGUGUUGUCAGGCGAAUUCACAGUUUGCCGAGAUUUCAGAGAACCUGAAAGUUAAGAGUGCUAAAGAGGUUAAAGAUCAGAAUGCCAAGAACACUUUGGAAACCCUGCUGUAUAAACCAGUGGAUCGAGUCACUCGCAGUACUCUUGUCCUCCACGACCUGCUGAAACACACCCCGUCCGGUCACCCAGAUCACCCUCUGCUGCAGGAUGCCCUCCGCAUCUCCCAAAACUUUCUGUCCAGCAUUAAUGAAGAGAUCACACCCCGCCGUCAGUCUAUGACAGUGAAGAAAGGAGAGAAUCGCCAGCUUCUCAGAGACCAGUUUAUGGUGGAGUUAAUGGAAGGGGCCCGAAAACUGCGCCAUGUCUUCCUCUUUACUGACUUGCUGCUUUGCGCCAAACUUAAGAAACAAACUGGAGGGAAGGGCCAGCAGUAUGACUGUAAGUGGUAUAUCCCACUAGCUGACCUCACCUUUCAAACCAUUGAAGAAUCAGAGUCCUCACCGGUCCCACAGAUACCAGAGGAAGAAAUAGAUGCUUUGAAGGUCAAGAUCUCCCAGAUCAAGAAUGAGAUUCAGAGAGAAAAGAGAGUUUGUAAAGGAGGUAAAGUCUUUGAUCGCCUCAGGAAGAAACUGUGUGAACAAGAAUCGUUGCUGCUCCUCAUGUCUCCAUGCAUGGCCUUUAGAGUCAAUAACAGGAACGGCAAGGGCUACACAUUCUUGAUCUCAUCCGAUUAUGAGCGAGAAGAAUGGAGGGAGAUCAUUCGGGAGCAGCAGAAAAAGUGUUACAAGAGUUUCUCUUUGACUUCAUUGGAGUUACAAAUGCUCACCAACUCCUGCAUAAAGCUCCAGACAGUUCAUACUAUUCCACUGACAAUCAAUAAAGAAGAUGAUGAAUCCACAGGGCUUUAUGGCUUUCUGAAUGUGAUUGUUCAUUCUGCAUCUGGCCUGAAACAGAGCUUGAAUCUAUAUUGUAACUUAGAAGUUGACUCUUAUGGCUACUUUGUAAACAAAGCCAAGACACGUGUGUACAGAGACACCACAGAGCCAAACUGGAAUGAGGAGUUUGAGAUUGAGCUGGAGGGCUCUCAGACACUCAGGCUGCUGUGCUACAGUAAGGUCAAACAGAACCGGGAUGAUGGGGAUAGCAUGGAUCGCAUCAUGGCCAAGGGACAGAUCCAGCUGGAUCCUCAAUCGCUGCAGGGUAAAGACUGGCAGAGAACAUUAAUCAGCAUGAAUGGGAUUGAGGUCAAGCUGUCUAUGCGGUUUACAAGCAGAGAGUUUAGUCUGAAGAGAAUGCCCUCUAGGAAGCAGUCCGGAGUGUUUGGAGUCAAAAUCGGGGCAGUCACGAAGCGGGAGCACUCUAAGGUGCCUCUCAUUGUGAGACAGUGUGUAGAGGAGAUUGAGCGCAGAGGGAUGGAGGAAGUCGGCAUCUAUCGAGUCUCUGGUGUGGCCACUGAUAUCCAGGCCCUGAAAGCUGCCUUUGAUGCCAAUAAUAAAGAUGUAUCAGUUAUGAUGAGUGAGAUGGAUGUGAAUGCCAUUGCUGGAACACUGAAGCUCUACUUCAGAGAGCUUCCUGAGCCCCUCUUCACCGAUGAACUCUAUUCAAACUUCACUGAAGGCAUCGCUUUGUCAGACAGUGUAGCAAAGGAAAGCUGUAUGCUCAACUUGCUGCUCUCACUUCCUGAACCCAACCUGCUGACUUUCCUGUUUUUGCUGGACCAUCUGAAGAGGGUGGCUGAGAAUGAGAGCGUCAACAAGAUGUCCUUCCACAAUCUCGCCACAGUUUUUGGUCCCACCCUCCUUCGCCCCUCUGAGAAGGACAGUAAAAUCCCUACCAAUCCCACACAGCCCAUUUCUAUGAAUGACAGCUGGUCUCUUGAGGUUAUGUCUCAGGUCCAGGUAUUACUGUAUUUCCUUCAGUUGGAAGCAAUCCCUACUCCAGACAGUAAACGGCAGAGUAUGCUCUUUUCCACAGAGGUGUAGGGAAAGGGCUUGAAGAGGAGACCCACAUUGUGAGAGGUCUACUCGGGUGCAUUAUUAUUUUUAAUGACCUGGGACAGAAGUGAUUCAGCAUGUGACCAAUAGAGAGCGCCCACAACCUACUGAAAUCUUUGAAGUGGACCAUUUUUGUUUCAGAACUGUUGCUAGUGAAUUCCCAAAUGAGCCUGUAGCAUUCCAUUUUAUUUUAACGAUUAAGGUGAAGUAAUAUGUAAUGGAGAACAACAAUCCAGACAUCUUAUGGACUCACUGUAUCAUCCAUUGUAACACUUAUUAUUGAAUGGUUGCUCAUACUUUGAGUGCCAGGUUUUCCAUGGAUCCUUGGGUGGUGAAUGUAUUUCUUGCGUUUUAUGUCUUGUUCCUUUUCUGCACUGUGGGUUUUUAAAGAAUUGCACAUUCCAGGUUUCCAUGACCAUUUUAUUUGAUCUGACAUUUUGCUCACCUAUGAUUUAUAUUUUCCCUUGGUAAGGGCUACGGAAAAUCUGACACACGUAAAUCGGCAGAAGGACCACGUUUAGACAAACCUUUUCUGAUUAAUAGAAUAAACAAUCAGAGAAUUCAAAUGUGAGAUUCUUUAACCAACAUUUGUGUCUAUGGUCGACACCAGUCAUUCGUAAAAAAGACCCAUGCAUAUGCUAGCAACGGUUCAUAAAAAAAAGAGACCAUAUACAGCACAAUUAAAGUUUCUACCAUUCCCAAGGUAUGCGUUCCUUUUAUUUUAUGAAAGCCUAUCUUGGUUUUAUGCCACAUGAAUCCACAUCAUAUUGGAUCACUGAGCCUAUAUUAAAUCAAGCUACAAAAUCUAUACAGUACAUUUGUGGGUCAUAUCGCAUUAUAUUAUUGGAUUAUAACAUUAUUUUUUAGUAAGUUUCAAACUAGAAAACUUGUUUAAAUGUCACAUACCAUGAUGGCCUCACUGAUUGUCUGUACAUUCUUGACUGUAACUGAUGGACUUAACAGAUUAAAGUGAUAUAUCAAAAUAAUACAGUAUAUUAAAAUGGUAUAGGAGUUCUCCAUCGGAGUAAUAUUCCUGCUACUACACUAGUGUGCAAGCAAGAUCUUACAUUGGAUUUCUGCCAUAUCAUGACAAUGUUACAAAAAUGUAUGUGCUCUCUUGGACUGUGCUAAAUACAUGUCGACUUAUUGAUAAAUAAUUAACUUAAUUCAAACACUGUAUAGCUUUUUUCAUGUUUAUUUCAAAUUUGUUUGGAAUCGAUAUAUUUUCAUUUCUUGCUGUUGACAAAACUUGGAAGCACUUUGUGACCCUGAACAGUGCCAAGACCUUGCCCUGUUACAGUAAAUGUAUAAAUAAGAUAGCUAGUUCAGUAAGAUAGCUAAUAUACAACGAGUUUAAUGUUCAGAACAAAUUAGAAGUUUUGUAUCAUUAGGAUGUCAAGUAACAUGCAGGCAUGUUGAUUUGUUUUUGACUUGUUACUUUUCUUUUAGAUUUCUCUCAAAGAUUUCCUUUUGUUACUGUCUAAAAGCUUACAUUAUAACACUGAUUCUUUAAGAUUGUGUAUUUCCUUUACAGUAAGGAAACCCCUUAUAUUGUGAUAAUUGCUUUUCAAAGGAGUUUACCCCAAAAUAAAAAUUCUGUCAUCAUUCAUUUUUCUUCAUGAUGUUCCAACCUUAUAUUACUUUCUUUAUUCUUUGGAUUACGAAAGGAGAUGCUAGGCAGAAAGUUAUUGAUUGGUAGUCACCAUUCACUUUCACUGUAUGGAAAAAGGUGUAAUAAAAGUGAAUGGUGACUACAUUUCUCAGUCUCUAACAUUCUGCCUUACAUCAUUUUGUGUUCCACGGAAGAAAGAAAGUCUUCUGGAACAAUAUGAGGGUGUGUAAAUGAUUACAGAAUUUUCACUAUGGGUGAACAUUAAAUCAGAUAUAAUUUUAAUAUGUACUGGAACCUGCUAUUCCAUUAUCACUGUGUCUCAGCUACUACAUAGCUGUUUCUCUGCUUUUCUCUCUUUUAUUUUACUUUCUGUACAGAUGAAAAUAUUCCUGGCUGCCAUUUAGAAAAUGAGCUUCAAUGAUGAGGAAAUGUUCUGUAUGAGUAUUGCACAGUGUGGGUUAUGGAGAUGGAUCACAAUAAACCCCUUUAUCCUCUUGUUUCCACAGAGCCAUUGACUGUUCUGUCUGUUUAUAUGACCUGUAGCCAAGUACAUUCAACUUGCCUCAAAAAGAUAGCAUUACUCCCCAGAAGACAUUAGGACACAAUGGUUUGUGUUCAGCAGUCUUUCCGCUCAUUGGAGCACAAUUGCUGUAAUGAUAGUCUUCAUUUAUAAUUUUUACUGGACAAUAUUGAGACUGCACAAUCCUAAACGUGUAUGGCAAACAUGCU